UUUCUAUCUGCAAGUUUUCUCUUCACUGCCCCUUUUGGCGGACUCAGUUUAUUUCCUACCAUAGACCGACCAACGUUACCGAAACAUCAUAGCAGUAGCAUGGGGCACGAGUGCUGCAUUUCGAGAUUUCUACGCAUUGUUAUAACUUUUAGCUAGUUUGAUUACAUUAGGCGGACAGUGAAACGCUGACGAUAUCCGCGUUCCUCACCAAGAUCAAGGGUGGAUAUUGCAUUACCGGGAUCGUCUUAACAGACUAACAUCAGCUUACAACUCUGAAUUAACCCCACUGCAUGCUGUUUUAACUACCGCAUUAGCAACGAUCGCUUGCUGUGUAAACGAGCGAACAUUUCUUACAAGAGUUGCAUCUGGUUCCUUUCCAAUGGAUGUAGAGCACUUGAAAACGGACGUCGUACAAUAGGUCUAAUUCUCUUCUUGCAAUAUUGCACACUCCACCUCCUCAAAGGUGUGUGUGCAGGGUCUGAUGGUAGUAACCAGUGUGGGUUCCCUGUGAGCGAACACCACCGCCCCCCUCGUCAAGUGUAAUGGAAGUUCAGACACCUUGGCCGCAGGGCACAGAGUGCGUGGCCAAGUAUAACUUCAAGGGUACAACGGGACAGGAUCUGCCUUUCAAUAAAGGAGAUGUUCUGACUAUCAUUAUGGUCACAAAGGACCAUAACUGGUACAAAGCCAAAAACACAACAGGCCAAGAAGGCACCAUCCCUGCAAAUUAUGUUCAGAAGAGGGAGGGCGUCAAAUCAGGGGGAAAACUGAGUUUAAUGCCAUGGUUCCAUGGGAAGAUAACCCGGGACCAAGCAGAGCUGUUGCUACACCCCCCAGAGACCGGGCUAUACCUGGUGCGAGAGAGCACCAACUACCCUGGGGACUACACCCUGUGUGUGAGCUGCGAAGGCAAGGUGGAGCACUACCGCAUCAUUUACCUCAACGGCAAGCUCAGCAUCGAUGAGGAAGCGUACUUUGAGAACCUUAUGCAGUUGGUUGAGCACUACACCAAAGAUGCGGAUGGCUUGUGUACCAAACUGAUCAAGCCCAAGCUGGAGGAGGGGACGGUGGCAGCACAGGAUGAGUUCUCCAGGAGUGGCUGGUUGCUGAACAGAAAAGAACUCAGUGUUCUUCAGUCCAUAGGAAAAGGAGAGUUUGGAGAUGUCAUGGUGGGAGAUUACAGAGGCACGAAAGUAGCUGUGAAGUGCAUCAAGCAUGAUGCCACUGCGCAGGCCUUCAUCGCUGAAGCUUCAGUCAUGACGCAACUGAGACACAACAACCUGGUCCAGCUGUUAGGAGUGAUUUUAGAGGAGAAGGGAAGCCUGUUUAUAGUCACUGAAUACAUGGCUAAGGGAAGUCUCGUGGACUACCUGCGAUCCAGAGGUCGGACAGUGCUUGGGGGGGUUUCUCUCCUGAAGUUUUCACUGGAUGUGUGUGAAGCGAUGGAGUACCUGGAGAACAACAACUUUAUCCACCGAGACCUGGCAGCUCGUAACGUUCUCGUGUCAGAGGACAACAUCGCCAAGGUCAGCGACUUCGGUCUGACCAAGGAGGCUUCCUCAUCACAGGACACUGCCAAACUGCCAGUCAAGUGGACCUCGCCAGAGGCCCUGAGGGAAAAGAAAUUCUCCACCAAAUCAGACGUGUGGAGUUUUGGAAUACUGUUGUGGGAGAUCUACUCCUUUGGGCGGGUGCCUUACCCAAGAAUUCCACUUAAGGAGGUUGUGCCUCGCGUAGAAAAGGGCUAUGUGAUGGAUGCCCCGGAUGGUUGCCCUGAGGCGGUGUAUAACGUCAUGAAGCAGUGCUGGAUCCUGGACCCUGUGGUGCGCCCAUGUUUCCGUUUACUAAAGGAGACAAUGGAGAAUAUUAGGGCCAAGGAGCUUUACCUUUAGAAGGGGGCGGGGGGGGGGGGGGGGGGGGUGAGGGCAACAGCACCAGAGAGGUUGAAGAAAACUUGCCUCCAUUUUUUUUAUUGGACUCUUUUGACCAUAGCCCGAGAUGUGCACCAGAUCUCAAGGACUGCAGAAGCUCCCUUUUCUUCAUAUCUUCAAGAGGAAAACUUUUUUUUGUUUUGUUUCAAACGUUUUAAUUUGUUGAACGGGUUUCAGGCAGACCUUGGUUGUAAAAUGUAUCUUUAUGUUGAUGUUUGACACAUUUAACUUUUGUCAUCUUCUAAGUUAAAACCCUUACCUCAGGGUGUGUCAAUACUACUAGUACAAGUACUAGAUAAGUUCUGCUGUGUCAAAUCUACUUUGAUCUGAUUUGUGGUACCAGUAGGGCACUACACAUUCCGUCUCUGAUAUGCAGUUCAAGUGUAUCAAUCUGUGCCAAAGUGCCUCCUGAACAGAGAUCAGUAUGCCUCCUCACAACUUAAUUCAUUCUAUUUUUUUGUUUUUUUUACUUUUUUAUGUUUUGUACUUUUUAUUUGCUUUAUAUGUGUUCACUCUGACAAUUUUUCAUCUCAAAGGAAGCAUUUAAACUUGAAAUUAAGAAUCAUUUGUCUUGCUAAGGAUAUAUCUUAACAUUUCAGGAGGUAUAAGGGGUUGGAAUUAGUUUAAUCCUAAAUGGUAUUCGUUCAUGGUAAAUAUACAGACAUACGACAUUUUCUGAUUUCAGCUGUGGUGAGUACAAGGAAGUUGGUGGGAGCCAAUAGGAAUAGAUUGCAUGUGGAUGAAAAAUCUUAUUUCUACUGAUGUUCAUUUUGUCCUAAUUAUAAUUAUUAAAUCAUUCCACUUUAAAUACAA